GGCAGGAGCUCCCUUUUUGGCCGGGCAGGUCUCGCACCUGCUCCUCGGGCGUGUCAUGAGGUCCCCAGGUGGGGGCCCGGCCCCGAGCGAUGGCGAGGAGGCCUCGGACAGCACACCCCUCCUGCAGGGCGCCUGGCCGGCGGAAGCCGCGCCAGUGUGUUGCUCUGCUCGUUACAACUUAGCGGUCUUGGCCUUUUUUGGUUUCUUCGUUCUCUAUGCGUUACGUGUGAAUCUGAGUGUUGCACUCGUGGAUAUGGUAGAUUCAAAUACAACUUUAGCAGAUAACAUCACUUCCAAGGAGUGUGCAGAGCAUUCUGCUCCCAUAAAAGUUCUUCGCAAUCAAACGGGUAAAAGGUACCAGUGGGAUGCAGAGACCCAGGGAUGGAUUCUCGGUUCUUUUUUUUAUGGCUACAUCAUCACACAGAUUCCCGGAGGAUAUAUUGCUCGCAAAGUCGGGGGAAAACUGCUGCUAGGUUUUGGGAUCCUUGGCACCGCUGUCUUCACGCUGUUCACACCCUUGGCUGCCGAUUUUGGAGUUGGAGCUCUCAUUGUCCUCAGAGCACUAGAAGGGCUUGGAGAGGGUGUCACGUUUCCAGCUAUGCAUGCCAUGUGGUCUUCCUGGGCUCCGCCUCUUGAGAGAAGCAAGCUUCUUAGCAUUUCAUAUGCAGGAGCACAGCUUGGGACAGUAAUUUCUCUUCCUCUGUCUGGAAUAAUUUGCUUGUAUAUGAAUUGGACUUAUGUCUUCUACCUUUUUGGUAUAGUUGGAAUCAUUUGGUUUAUUUUAUGGAUCUCAUUAGUUAGUGAUACACCAGAAACCCACAAGAGAAUCUCCCACUAUGAAAAGGAAUACAUUCUUUCAUCAUUAAGAAAUCAGCUUUCUUCACAGAAGUCAGUGCCAUGGAUACCCAUGCUAAAAUCACUGCCACUUUGGGCUAUUGUGGUUGCACAUUUUUCUUAUAACUGGACUUUUUAUACUUUAUUGACGUUAUUGCCUACAUAUAUGAAGGAGAUCCUAAGGUUUAAUAUUCAAGAGAAUGGAUUUUUAUCUGCAGUGCCUUAUUUUGGCUGUUGGUUAUGUAUGAUCCUGUCUGGUCAAGCUGCUGACAAUUUAAGGGCAAAAUGGAAUUUUUCAACUAUAUGUGUUCGAAGAGUUUUUAGCCUUAUAGGAAUGGCUGGCCCUGCGCUGUUCCUGGUAGCUGCAGGGUUUAUCGGUUGUGACUAUUCUUUGGCUGUCGCAUUCCUGACCAUAUCAACGGCACUGGGAGGCUUUUGCUCUUCUGGAUUUAGCAUCAACCAUCUGGAUAUUGCUCCUUCGUAUGCUGGUAUCCUCCUGGGCAUCACAAAUACAUUCGCCACUAUUCCAGGAAUGGUUGGGCCUGUCAUUGCUAAAAGUCUGACCCCCAACAACACUAUUGGAGAAUGGCAGACUGUUUUCUGUAUCGCUGCUGCUAUCAAUGUAUUUGGUGCCAUUGUCUUCACACUCUUCGCCAAAGGUGAAGUGCAGAACUGGGCUCUCAGUGAUUACCAUGGACACAGAAACUGAAGGAACAAUAAAUAAUUCUCUCAUUAAUGUAUUUUUGUUUAUCAUGUAACCUAAAAGUGCCUUCAAUAUUUUAAUGUGUAAGCAUUCUAUGUACAAGAAAAAUUGUACUUGUAUUAAAUUUUUAAGGCUUGUAAUCAUGAAAUGUCCAGAUUAGUUGCCAGGUUAGUAAAAUUAGCUAUUUUUAAUUAUUAAUAAGAUGUAUGCUGGAACUUACACUUUAGGGUCACAUACCUGGCUGCAAGUCAGGCGAUAUGAAGUAGGGGCAUUCUGUUUAUUUUUAAGGGCCAUACUUAAAGGAAUGAGCUGAAAUGGAUCCCUCUAUACCUUUGCUUAAUUAAAGUAGAUGAUAAUUCUCAGGUCUUGGUAAACACCUGUUUUUGUCCACUUUCCUCAUAAAAAUUAUUUGUCGCCAGCAAUCCCUGACACUUAGGUCUUAAACUUUAGCAUCUCCACAGAGCUGCUAGCCGCCGCAUAAUUUGGCCUGGCAGCGGCACUGAGGGAAGCGUGCCCGGGCGGUGCCGAGCGUUCGCUCCCAGCUUCAGGGACAGCGCCCAGCAGUCGCCGAGGCAGCGCCCAGACCUUGGACAGUGUUCUUCCCCUGGGGCUGCUCGUGUGUGCUGACAGCCCUGGGCAGGCAGGAGCAGCGGGCUCCACAGCCGUGUCCUCACUACAUCCUCACAGCUUCCCUUCCCAGCGUACUGGAAUCGUGAUUAGCAUGUAACGUGCAAAAGAAAAGUGUGAGGCCCAAUUAACCACAAAUAACAUCAUCCUUGAUUAAAACGACCUUCACAUGGAUCAGGGUAUAAAUUUCCAAGUCCUGUGUUCUGUGAGCUACACCAGAAUAAGUAAAUUAAGGAAAAAAAAAAAAACCUCACAUUUUCUUCCGUCUACGUGUGAGCUUCUGGUGCAGUUCAAGGUUGAGGUGACUUUUACGUGGCCACAUCACCUGCAGCAGUGACCUAAUCCUCUUUACUGCUGGCUUCUGAAGUCAUAUUUUUCCAGUUUUUUCCUGGACCAUCUCCCAGUGGGUUUUGAGCACACUUUGAGGCCAUUUAUGUGAUUUAGAACUUGGUUUAUGUUUUGUUGUUCAACACUACCUGUAACAUUUUAACUAAAACUGUUGAAUGUAAUAGGACAUGAUUACAUUUCUGUAAAUUUAUUUUUAAAUUUGUAAAGAGCUUUAAGUUGCUAUCGUGAUAUUUCUUUUAUAAAUCAUCAAAAUAAACCAUUUUGGAUUGA